AAUUGCGGUAGUUACCGUGUAAUUGGCGCAAUUGGCGAUUUGUCAUUAUUUAAUAAUUAUCUAUAGAAAGUAAGCCAGGGUAGCAGCGCAUUUGUUACCGUUAGAAUAUAAAUGUGUCAAGUUCCAUAUUAGCGUGAAAUUAGAAGUCAAACAGGUGCCGACCAAGUACCAGAGACAGGAGACAAAGCUGUUAAGAAACAGGUCCAUUUCGUAAUUUGAAAAGUCAACAAGGCACGCUAUAGCGGCAGGCUUAUGGUUCAUACUGGCCAUUUAAAAAAGCUUAGUUGGUGUAUACACCAAUUAGACUGGAAGUUUUAUGUUUUGUAUAAAUAUAGUGUUUAAAUUCUGGCUAAGACGUUAUCAGAGAUUCAUUUGUAGUUCAGGGUAUUGUGCAAUGUGCGCAUAGUUGUGUUUACUCUCUGAUUACAUGGACUAGCGCAACGGAUAUAUAAACACACCGAUUCAAACACCUGUGACCUGUGUGCCGUUGGAUACCCGUGGGAGCGAGUGAACCGCAAUUUAAAACACCAAAUGCCCGGCUCGACCAAAAUCUCGUUCAAUUUGGAAAUGUGUCGCGGGCGAACGAACAUGACUAUGUACAUUAGAACCUUAAUCUUAUUACUGUCGUUCUUGUAUUUGAUAAACACUGGUGCUGAAUGCUACCGCAUCAAACGAGCAGUAAUGCUUUCAAUGGACCCUCAACCUGCAGUUGAAUGCUUGGACCGUACAACAACCGAAAAGAAUUCAACUUCGACUGUUAUUCUCACUGGGACAGUACAGUACUGUGACGUAAUAAGAGCAGGCUCUUAUAAAUGCAACAUUAAAAUAUGGCGAGUCAUGAAAGGAAACUCUCUCGCGAUGAACCUCAUAACGAUCCAGAAGCAAGGCAUUCUGACCUCUAUGUACAAAAAGAAGUACGUUGACGUAUAUGGACUUGGAAACUCUGCUUUUUGCAAGUCAAAUGUGGAACGGGCAGACACCAGAAUCUUCUUUUUAAAUAAAUUAAACAACCGACUCGUCGUAUCUGCUUCGUUGGAUCGAAUCACUUUGAAAAACUUGGAGAAUACACAGAAGGUCAUAGAAGGAAAACGCAUCAAAGAAGAACCGAAAAAGCCACGCGAUCCCUGCCAAGAAGUGCUUUGUGGUUACGGUGCGAGUUGUCAGGCGGUUGAUGAAGACACAACGACUUGCGUGUGCCCUCCAGUGUCCUGUUCCGCCUCCCCAACAACGGAGGACAUUCUCGCUCCCAUUUGUGGCUCGGAUGGCGUCACCUACCCUAACGAAUGCAGACUGCGUGCAGCAGAAUGCAUGGCGCAGCACCGCAUCAAAAUUAAAGCCACCACAUCGUGCGAAGCCCACCGUCAGGCCAUAAACUUUUUACGCACUAAGCCCACUCGUCGUCGUCAUGGUUUUAGGGUGCCACCCACAGAAUCAAGUUUAACCACACUGAAGCCCACUGAACCAGUGGACGACCGACUUUGUUCGACUGUUACAUGCGACUUCAACGCUGCUUGCGUUGUGCGUCCCUCAGACGACGGCUCUUUGGCGCCUGAAUGCGAAUGCCCGACCUGCGAGAACGUAGCAGUUGAGCCAGUCUGCGGUUCGGACCAACGGAGCCACCGCUCGAGCUGCGAUCUGCGGCGUGCGUCGUGUGUGGAGGGACGUGUGAUAACUGUCGUACGGAAUUCAGCAUGUAACCCUUGCGACAUUUUCAACAUCGAAAGUGGAAUUUUCUUACCAAUGUGCAGUGGAUCUUGCACACUAGAUGGAAACGGGGAGCCCCAGUGUUGCGAGACACUAAAAUGUGCGGCAAAUGAAACUGAACUUGUGUGUGGAAGCGAUGGAAACACUUAUGAAAAUGAAUGUUCUCUUAGAAGGUCUGCAUGCAAAACAGCCAAAUCCAUAACUGUAAUCAAGCAAGGCAGCUGCCCAACGAAGAAAGAAAUGACAGCUGUAAGAGGUUCACUGAGUAUACAAGCAGAUGAGAACUGUCCGGGAAAUUGUGAUUUACAAAAUAAAGAAUUUACUGAUUUCCUAACUAGAAUGGACACCUCAGUAAACCAGAACCUCAUGAGUCAAAACAACCAAGACAUUGAUGGCAAGACAUUGGGUGACUUCCAAAUAACUGAAGUCAGGCAGGGAAGUGCAAUUCUGCUAUUCAGGGCAUACUCGUCUACUACCAGUCAACCCAUUGCAGUAAAUUCGAAUGCAAAUUCGAACAACGAAUGGAUAUAUGAUCGCUUGUACAGUGAUGAUAAUGGCGCACUGAAAGUGGUAGCUCGGGAAAACGGUCUGAACCUCGUAACUGCAAGAAACCCACGCGAUGAUUUUGUUGUAGAAGAUGUAUGCAUGGACCUCCAAUGCGAGCACGGAGCUAUGUGUAAGAUCACUAAAUCUGGAUCCACCCUCACCCCCUCCUGCUCCUGUGAAAAUGUGGGUGCUGCAGAAUCGCUUCCAGUCACACACGCGUGCAAACAAGCAACCGAUGGCAAUGGUGUGCAUAGAAUCUUCAUGAAUGAAGCUGAAGCAAGGGGGGAGUCUUGCACUUCAAACCAAAUACUGGACUUUAAAGACAUUUGCCAAGAAGCCCCAAUUGACCCCUGUGCAGAGAUAGGGGGUUGCAGUGGUGUGGGUGAGGCUUGCAUUGUAAUGAAUGGGGUCGGUUCAUGCCAGUGUAUCACCUGUGGCGAGGAAUACCAACCUGUCUGCACGAAUGAUGGACAAACUUUCAGAAGCCAUUGUGAGGUGCGGAGACACAACUGUUUAUCGAAAACCAACCUGAUAAUUCUAAGCAUAGGUUCUUGUGAAAGUCAAUGUGAUGACAUUAAGUGUUGGUAUGGAGCUCAAUGUGAAGUGAUUGCUCAAGGAACUACAUGUGUUUGUCCAACUGUUUGUGUGAAAACCUACUUACCAGUUUGUGGAAGCGAUGGGCAGACUUACAGCAAUGAAUGUGAAAUGGUCGUAGCAGCAUGUCCACAAAAACUUGAAGUAACUGUAGCGCAUGCUGGUCCUUGUGACGAGCCAACACAUGAAGGUUCGGGUUCUGGUGCGGGCGACGAGUGUGGUUGUCUCUUUGGUGCCUCGUGUGACACAACUAUCGACGACGAGGAUGCAAAUUGUGUUUGUAACUUCAAUUGUGAAGCAAUUGGUGUUGCAGUAUGUGGUUCAGAUGGCAAAACUUACCCCAAUAUGUGUGAACUUGAAAAGGCCCAGUGUAACCAGCAAACACCAAUUUCUCUCGUUUCAAAGGGAAUCUGUAAAGUUGGAUGUGUGCAAAGCAGAUAUGGUUGCUGUGAGGAUGGAACAACACCAGCAAAGGGUGUGGCAAGAUCUGGUUGCCCAGAGAAAUGCUUGUGCAAUGAGCAUGGGUCUUAUGGCAAUGCAUGCAACCCAACUACAGGACAAUGUGUGUGUAGACCUGGUGUUGGAGGACUUAGAUGCGACCGGUGCAGACCUGGCUAUUGGAACUUUAGAGCACUUGCUGAGAAACUUUUCACUGGUUGUAUGUCUUGUCGUUGCCAUGAGUUUGGUUCAACCAGAGAUGACUGUGACCAGAUGACCGGCAGAUGCUCAUGCAAAGUUGGUGUAACUGGUUUGAAGUGUACCGACUGUGUGAGUGAUGGUUCAUGGGUCACCAGUAGUGUGUGCGAUAAUGCAGCAACAGCUGCUCCAAGUGCCGUUUCGUGUGAGGACCUGGUGUGUCGUGUCGGGCAGGAAUGCGUUGAGAUAAACAAUGCGUUUGAAUGCCAGUGCCCUUCGCUGACCUCGUGUGACAAUAUGGAUGAAGCAGUUGUUUGUGGGACCAAUGGCAUCACCUACGCUGAUAGAUGCCAGCUUAAAGUGUUGGCAUGCAAAGUGGGAGUCAAUGUGACAGUCGCACAUGAAGGGGCUUGCAUGAGCAACCUUGAGCCUUUGGUUGAAGGACCAAUAGUUCGCCCACCACUCGUACCAGUAACAAUAGAAACCACACGAAUGGUUCAAAUCACAACAACCACACAUCCUGUACCUGUUGUUGAACCAGAGCCUACACCAAAUGCAAAGCCAGAGCCAGAACCCACAUCUAAACCUGAACCAGAGCCAGAACCAACACCAAAUGCAAAACCAGAGCCCACACCAAAAUCUGAACCAGAACCAGAACCGACGUCAAAACCUGAACCAGAGCCAGAACCCACGUCAAACCCUGAGCCAGAACCAACACCAAAUGCAAAACCAGAGCCAACAUCAAACCCUGAACCAGAGCCAGAACGAACAACUAAAACCCCGUUAGUUCCAAAAUCUGAACCAGAAACACUUGCAACUUCAAAAGCAACACCAGCAACCACAGUUCUACCAGUUCCCACCACCACCCUUUCGGUGACAAAAACACCAAAAACAACAGCUGCUACAGAUGAAGUUGAAUGCAUGUACGGUGAUGAUGAAGAUUGUGGUGGAUCAGGAAGUGGGGAAGGGGAGGUUGAUAACACUGAAGCUCCAUCAGUCAUUCCCGAAAUACCAGAAGUUCCUACACCAGCUGCUGUUCAAUUUAUUGGGCAAGGCACGUUCUACUCUAUUGAUGGGAAUUCACUGAGGCAUUCAAAGUCAUUAGAUGUUCCUGGAUCUGAAGAGUUUAUCAACUACAGUAACCUUGUGGAAGCAGAAAUCAUGUCAUUAAUAAGCAACCCCCCACUCCUGGAUUCCGUGCGUGCCGUGCGUAUCAGUUCCUUCCGAUCUGCCAGCAUCUUCUGGGGAGGAGUUAUCGUCACAUUUGAGCUCCAUUUGACAUCCGGAUCGGAUGCAGGAGCAAUCCAGGACGCCUUAAACGCAGCGUCGAGUGAAAAUCGUUACUUCACUAUCUCGGAGCUAACAGGCAAGCAGAAUAUGUUUGUACACGAUGCACCCUAUGAACCAGUGUUGAUGGAAUAUGAUGAUUACGACAUUGAACCUGAACUCUAUGCUGAAAGGAUGUUAGAGGAAUACACAACUCCUGUACCAGCACUUUCAAACUACACAGAAGAUGGGCCAUGGACUGUCCCUCACUUCAGUGGGGCUUCUUACGCCGAGUUCCGUAAAGUGAAUGCCUUCAGUGAGAUCACAAUCCAGUUGAAGUUUCGCUCAGCAGAUCCUGAAGGGAUUCUCUUCUACAGUGGCCAGCUCAAUAACGGAAGGGAUUUUAUUUCUCUCGCAAUUAAUAAUGGCUAUGUGGAAUUCAGAUUCGACAUGGGUUCUGGCAUGUUAAAGCUUCGUAGCAAGCGUCCAAUCAACAGCACACAGUGGCAUACCAUAGUAGCUCGUAGAAUAAGAAGAGAUGGAAUGUUACAAGUAGAUGCAGAUCCUCCAGUACAAGGAACAUCACCUGGCCACGCCUCAGGAUUAAAUCUAGAUUCCAAUUUCUUUGUUGGAGGGUUUAAUACAUACCUUGAAGACCAGAGAUACCAGAAGCAAACAGGAGUAGACAAAGGAUUAACAGGAUGCAUAGAAGAAGUGAGGAUAAAUGAAAACCAGCUAAACAUUACAUCCAACUCUGAUCACUGUGUUUCAACGUUCCGCCUUGCAGAAUGUGGUGCAUCUCCCUGCAUUCCCAACCCAUGCCAGCAUUCAGCCAAUUGUUUCAUCACAAUGCAAGCGAAUAUCUUCACAAACAAAUGCGAAUGCAAAGAUAAUUAUGAAGGUGAAACAUGUCAAAGGGAAAAUACUGGACUUUCGGUCAAAAAGAAACCAAACAACCCGUGCUCGCCUAACCCUUGUCAGGGAGGUGCUAAGUGUAUAGAGAUGCCUGGUGAGGAGGAAUUCACCUGCAAAUGUCCUCCAGGAAGAUCAGGAUCUCUUUGCAUGACCAACCAAUCUGCUGCUCUGCAAGGCCCGUCCUUCAUGCCUGCAUUUGCCGGCGAUUCAUAUUUGGAACUUCCAUCUUUAGGAAAGGAUGUUCGGUCAAUCAUGUCAAUAGAAAUCUUAUUUUAUUCAAAUCAACCUGACGGUUUAAUUUUCUACAACGGGCAGAAAAAAUCUGGCAAAGGAGAUUUUGUUUCCCUCAAUCUAAAGAAUGGAUUCCUUGAGUUUAAAUACAACCUUGGACAAGGGGCAGCAAAUAUCAGGAGUGCCAACCCUGUAAGUUUGAAUGAAUGGCAUAUUGUGGUGUUAUCUCGUGCCAUGAGAACUGGAGACCUUUCAUUGGAUAAUUUUGAUCCAGUGUAUGGGACAUCACCGAAAGCCAUUCCUCCUGUUAAAAACAAGAGCCAACACUCCUUCUUAGACCUUAAGCAACCUAUGUAUGUUGGUGGGUUCCCUGAUGGUGUCAAAUUUAAUCCAGAAGCUGGAGUGACAACUGGACUGAGUGGUGCAUUACAAAAGUUCCAAGUGAACGGUGUGAACCUGCCCAUCUCCCCAGCUGGUAGUGUCUCUUACUUCAAUGUAAUAGCAUUCAACGCCCAUACAUGUUAUCGCAACCCAUGCGACAAUGGUGGUGUAUGCCAUCCACGUGGAGCAGAAUAUAUGUGCGUGUGCUUACCUUACUACACGGGAGAUAACUGUGAGCAAGAACAUUCUACUGACUUGCUACAAGAUGAACAAGCGACUGCCAUUUAUUUGGAUGGAACAACUAAGAUAAUGUAUAGGAAUGCAGUGAAAGCAAUGCCAAACGAUUUUCGAGAGCAACUAAGUGACAAUUCUCGUGCACGAACACACAACAAUUAUGAAAUCGUGUUCCGCACUACUGCUCGUCACGGUCUACUGCUCAUGGUGGGCAAAGCGAGGGAGGGGGUCGAUUAUAUUGCACUCGCAAUCCAUGACGGUCGUCUUCAUCUUCGUUUUGACCUUGGUUCUGGUCCAGCGCACGUAAUAUCCGACCAGCAAAUCAACAACGGAGAAUGGACAACUGUAAAAGUUAACAGAAAAAUGAACAUAGGAAGUUUGCAAGUAAACAACGGGUUAAUAAAGACAGCGACCUCACCAGGGUUAACUAAUCACCUGAACUCUGAUGGAAUGUUGUGGUUAGGUGGCGUUGACUACCGACCGCGAGGUAUUGGUCUUUACAAAUCUUUCUUUGUCCCGUUCGUCGGCUGCGUGGCCUCAGCAAAGAUCCACGACGAAUCAAUUGAUUUACGGGCUGACGCGUUUAAUUCUCCCGUUGUGCGUUCGUGUAAUGGUCGAUGAUGGAUACACGCAAGCCACAGAUUUUAAAGCUGACAGCGCCGUAGGUUCGAGCACAGCACAACCAUCAAAACAAUUUCUUUCACGCUUUAUUAUCCACACCCACUAACGUAUUCGAAACGGAAAUCAUUUUAGGUAAUUUUUCAAUUUUGCACCACCAUGAAAAAAAAAAAAAUGUCCUUUAAAUUUUCCAAGAUUGUAACAAUUGAAUACAUUUUCAUUUGAACUGGUUAAAUACCUGGCGCAAAAUUUCUUUACAAUAUUGCCACCAAAUUUAGGCGCUUAGUUUUUACUGUUGUCUAAGCAUGGGUAUCAGAUUUCAAUACAUUUACCAUAUUUUCACCUUUAGCAUUUUAUUUCAAUUUCACUUUCGUGUUUUGCAUCGUUUCGAACAAUCACUUUAUUAAGGUUACGAAGCCUUUUCAUUUAUAAUUUUCGAUUUUAAAAACGACAAAAAAAGUUUUGAUUUUUUGCGAGGGUGUAUACUGCACGUACUGUCGAUUUCUCUCGGUCUCCUUUCAUUCCAUAUUCUUAUUUGAACUUUUUAGAUAAUUCUACAUGUUGUACCAUACCGUAGCAUGCUCUAUUUAUUUUCUAUUUUCCUGGGGACCGAACAAAUUUUCGCUUCUUAGUUUUUACCCCGUCACUGUAUUGUUUUAUCUUUUUUUGCGCUGUAUUUUUCUCUUUAAGAAGCGAAACUCAAUCCUAAACGCACUGAAACCAACGAUAUAAAACAAUUUGACCCUAUUUUAGCAUUGUUUUAUAACUCUGCCGUUGUUAUAUGAAAUUCAAACCGAGAUUUAUCAAGUCCUUUGUUAUCUUACGUUCGUCAGCAUAUACAACUUCUUUCAAUAAAUCGUGUUUAACUGUUAA